UCUCUCCUGCACCCUCCCCUCCCCUGCCCUCCCCUCUCCUGCAGCGCCUGCAUUAUUUUCUGCCCACGGGCUCGGCUGGCGCUGCUGCUGCUGCAGCCCUGGGAGGCUGGUAACUUGUUGUGUGGAGCAGGCGGCGGCGGCACCAUCCGGGCGGGCACCAUGGGCACGUCCGCGCUCUGGGCGCUCGGGCUGCUGCUGCUCGCGCUGUGCUGGGCGCCCGGGGAGAGCGACGCCACCGGAGCAGGAAGAAAAGCCAAAUGUGAAACUAACCAAUUCCAGUGCACAAAUGGCCGCUGCAUCACACUGUUGUGGAAAUGUGAUGGGGACGAAGACUGUGCUGAUGGCAGUGAUGAAAAGAACUGUGAGAAGAAGACAUGUGCUGAGUCUGACUUUGUAUGCAACAAUGGCCAGUGUGUCCCCAGCCGAUGGCAGUGCGAUGGGGAUCCCGACUGUGAAGAUGGCUCUGAUGACAGCCCAGAACAAUGCCAUAUGAGAACGUGCCGCACAAAUGAAAUCAGCUGUGGCGCCCACUCUACUCAGUGUAUCCCAGAGUCCUGGCGAUGCGAUGGUGAGAAUGAUUGUGACAGUGGAGAAGAUGAAGAAAACUGUGGCAACGUAACGUGCAGCGCUGAUGAGUUCACUUGCUCCAGCGGCCGCUGCAUCUCCAGGAACUUUGUGUGCAAUGGCCAGGAUGACUGUAACGAUGGCAGUGACGAGCUCAACUGUGCCCCGCCUUCCUGCGGUGCCCACGAGUUCCAGUGCAGCGCCUCCUCCUGCAUCCCCCUCAGCUGGGUGUGUGAUGACGAUGCCGACUGCUCGGACCAGUCUGAUGAGUCCCUGGAGCAGUGUGGCCGCCAGCCCGUGAUCCACACCAGAUGCCCAGCCAGCGAGAUCCAGUGUGGCUCUGGCGAGUGCAUCCACAAGAAGUGGCGGUGUGACGGAGACUCAGACUGCAGGGAUGGCAGCGAUGAGGUCAACUGUCCUUCUCGAACCUGCCGGCCAGACCAGUUCGAAUGUGAGGAUGGGAGCUGCAUCCAUGGCAGCAGGCAGUGUAAUGGCAUCCGAGACUGUGUCGACGGUUCUGACGAAGUCAACUGCAAAAAUGUCAAUCAGUGCUUGGGCCCCGGAAAGUUCAAGUGCAGAAGCGGGGAAUGCAUAGACAUCAUUAAAGUAUGUAACCAGGAACAAGACUGCAGGGACUGGAGUGACGAGCCCUUGAAAGAAUGCCAUGUAAAUGAAUGCUUGGUUAACAAUGGCGGAUGCUCCCAUAUCUGCAGAGACUUGGUUAUAGGCUACGAAUGUGACUGUGCAGCUGGGUUUGAGCUGAUAGACAGGAAAACCUGUGGAGAUAUUGACGAAUGCCAAAAUCCAGGAAUCUGCAGUCAAAUUUGUAUCAACUUAAAAGGCGGUUACAAGUGUGAAUGUAGUCGUGGCUAUCAGAUGGAUCUUGCCACUGGCGUGUGCAAGGCUGUAGGGAAAGAGCCAAGUCUGAUCUUCACUAACCGCAGAGACAUCAGGAAGAUUGGCUUAGAGAGGAAAGAAUAUAUCCAACUAGUGGAGCAGCUAAGGAACACUGUGGCUCUCGAUGCUGACAUUGCUGCCCAGAAACUAUUCUGGGCUGAUCUGAGCCAAAAGGCCAUCUUCAGUGCCUCCCUUGAUGACAAGGUUGGUAGACAUGUUAAAAUGAUCGACAAUGUCUAUAAUCCUGCAGCCAUUGCUGUUGAUUGGGUGUACAAGACCCUCUACUGGACUGACGCGGCUUCUAAGACUAUUUCAGUAGCUACCCUGGACGGAACCAAGAGGAAGCUCCUGUUUAACUCAGACUUGCGAGAGCCUGCCUCCAUAGCCGUGGACCCCCUGUCUGGAUUUGUGUAUUGGUCAGACUGGGGUGAGCCGGCUAAAAUAGAAAAAGCAGGAAUGAAUGGAUUUGAUAGACGGCCGCUGGUGGCAGUGGAUAUCCAGUGGCCUAACGGAAUUACACUUGACCUCAUAAAGAGCCGUCUCUAUUGGCUGGAUUCCAAGUUGCACAUGUUAUCCAGUGUGGACUUGAACGGCCAAGAUCGGAGGAUAGUGCUCAAGUCUCUGGAGUUCCUGGCCCAUCCUCUCGCACUAACGAUAUUUGAGGAUCGUGUCUACUGGAUAGACGGGGAAAAUGAAGCCGUCUAUGGUGCCAAUAAAUUCACUGGGUCGGAGCUGGCCACGCUAGUAAACAACCUCAAUGAUGCCCAAGACAUCAUUGUCUAUCAUGAGCUCGUCCAGCCAUCAGGUAAAAAUUGGUGUGAAGAAGACAUGGAGAAUGGAGGAUGUGAAUACCUAUGUCUGCCAGCACCACAGAUUAAUGACCACUCCCCAAAAUACACAUGUUCCUGUCCCAACGGGUACAACCUACGGGCAAAUGGCCGGGAGUGCCAAAGUACUGCAACUACUAUGACUUACAGUGAGACAAAAGAUACCAACACAACAGAAAUGUCACCAACUAGUGGACUAGUUCCUGGAGGGAUCAACAUGACCACAGCAGUAUCGGAGGUCAGUGUUCCCCCAAAAGGGACUUCUGCUGCUUGGGCCAUCCUUCCCCUCUUGCUCUUAGCAAUGGCAGCCGUAGGUGGCUACUUGAUGUGGCGGAACUGGCAACACAAGAACAUGAAAAGCAUGAACUUUGACAAUCCUGUGUACUUGAAGACCACUGAAGAGGACCUGUCUAUAGACAUCGGUAGACACAGUGCUUCAGUUGGACACACGUACCCAGCAAUAUCAAUUGUAAGCACAGAUGAUGAUCUAGCUUGAUUUUGGAGACAAGUCUCAACCUUUGAGAUCUAAACCAAUAACUCUCCAAUUUGGAAUGGUAACCGAGUCAGCAGCCUGGAAGAACAUCUUUCUUCCUCCAGCCUGGAAGAACAUCAAGAUAUCUACGUGGAUCAAGCUUGUGUACUUGACCAUUUUUAUAUGACUUUCAUAAAUAUUCCUGUCCACACUCUGCUUCAGCUUUGGAUGUGGUUCCCUAUAACCCUUGAAUUUCUAGACAGUAUUGCCACCUCUGGCCAAAUAUGCACUUUCCUUAGAAAGCCAUAUUCCAGCAAAGAAACUUGUGCUAUAGUGUAUACCACCUGUACAUACAUUGUAUAGGCCACCUGUAAAUAUCCCAGAGAACAAUCACUAUUCUUAAGCACUUUGAAAAUAUUUCUAUGUAAAUUAUUGUACACUUUUUUCAAUGGUUGGGACAAUGGCAAUAGGAUAAAACGGGUUACUAAGAUGAAAUUGCCAAAAAAUUUGUAAACUAAUUUUGUACCUAUGAAUGAAAUCUUUGACCUCAAUGGAGGUUUGCAAAGACUGAGUGUUCAAACUACUGUACAUUUUUUUUCCAAGUGCUAAAAAAAUUAAACUAAGCAGCUUAACCAUG